UGUUGUUUGUGACCCUAUGUGGCCGCUUUGCCAUGGCCAUCCCUUUGUGGAUGGUGUUCCUAUGCGGAGUGUUGUGUGGGCUCUGCGCCUCCCAUCUAUCGAAAUGGCGACGUUCAAGCAAGGUUCCGCGCAAAAAGCGGCAGUAUGUUCCUCGUGGUUCUGGAGGGGGGCAGAUCAGAGACAGCGUUGCUGGCAAUGUUCGAAGAGAAGUGCUUUGCCAGGACGCCAUCGCUUGGCUGCAGAGCCUGUCGCGGUUGCCAGCCGGCAGUUGCGUUUUAACAGGUGUACCAGACAUUCAUGAGCUGGAAAACGUUACCUUGGAAGGUUACAUUGAUUGGUUCCAGCUGGUUGUGAAACUGAUUCUGGAGAAGUUGCCCGAGCAGAGCCGUGCCAUCUUCAUGCAGACGGACGUGAAGGUGACCAAAGAUGGCAGCCAUGGGCAAAAGGCGAAAAGCGGCAGCUAUUGGCAAUGGUUGGACAAAGCGCACAUUGCCAUACUUGCUGCCUCGCAAGUGCCUGGUGUCCGUUUGCUAUGGCACCGGAUCAUUUUCUCUGGACAAUUGACGGGUGGUGGCCGAAGCGGUUUCAGUGCUGGCUAUACCCACUACUUUUGCUUCAGCAACGAUGAUUGUGACGAAUCGCUUGAUCGCGGUUUUCCAGACGUGAUUCGCAAAGGUGUGUCAACUUGGACCAGCGGUGCUGGAGUCAAUGCUGUGGAACUGGCGUGCUCCUAUUUGAAGUCUUGUGGUUGCCGCAUCGUUGUGGAUCCUUUCUGUGGUGAAGGGGCUGUGUUGGCUGUGGCUAAUGCACUGCAGCUCGAAGCCUUGGGCGUGGAACAGAGCCAAAAACGGGCUCGACAGGCGCGCAACUUGGAUGGUCAAGCUCUCCUAAAAGCCGAUCGUGAGGCUGUUUAGCACGGCCGCAAGCUUUGAGACUUUUGCGUGGCAAAA